AUGUUCUCGGAAAAAGGCAAAACGGCACCUGUUGAUUCUGAGGCCACAGAUCUAGCACAUAUCACGGAAGAUGGAGAGUCGUCCGAAAUACCCUCUACCUCUGCUGUAAAAAGUAAAGUGCACGGCUGUCUCCAAGUUAUUGGUGCUUUCUUUAUAUUUUUCAAUGUCUGGGGUCUAAACCUCGCAUUUGGGACAUUCCAAAGCUACUAUGCACUCAUUUAUAUCCCAUCAUCAACAUCAUCCGACAUCGCCUGGAUUGGAACAAUCCAGUCCUGGCUCCUAAUCGUCGGCGGGCUACUAUCCGGCCCACUCUUCGACCUCGGCUACAACCAGACCAUGAUCCUCGUCGGAAGCAUCCUAGGUGUAAUUGGUAUGAUGAUGCUCAGCCUUGCACAUGCGUACUAUGCCAUAUUCCUCAGCCAGGGAGUCUGCGUGGGCCUCGGAUUCGGACUGCUUUAUGUCCCCGCUAUUGCACUGGUAAGCCGUUCUUUCACAACAAGAAGGGCUGUUGCGCUAGGUGUAUCGAGUAGCGGUGCCCCUGUUGGGGGCAUCAUCUACACUAUCAUGUUCAACCAGCUUAUACCCAAGGUGGGGUUCCCCUGGACUGUUCGUCUUAUAGCGUUCCUGAUGCUGGCGCUGUUUAUCGCCGCUGCUAUUUUGCUUUUAUGGCCUGAGAGACGUUCAGCGAAGGUUAAAACCACCCAGCGCAGGAGCUUGAUUGAUUUACGCGCUUUCAAGGAUUUGCCUUUUUGGAGCUUUGCUAUUGGGAAUUUCUUCCUAUACCUUGGUUAUAUCACUCCUUUCUAUUAUAUCCCAACCUACGCGGAGACGAAACUGUGCACAUCGCGCUCAAUGGCCUCUAAUGUCCUGAUGAUUUCCCAGGCUUCUUCGGUUAUUGGUCGUGUUGUCUUGACUUUAUUCGCCCAUUACUAUGGGUCGAUGAUUUCUUGGAUCAUUUGCGGUGUACUCUCAGGUGUUCUGUGUAUUUGUUGGAUUAGUGCAGACAGUCUGGUACGGUUUAUUCUUUUUGCGGCCUUCUAUGGGGGUAUCUCCGGGGCUUUGAUCCCUCUCCCGCCGAGCGUCUUCACCCACGUCUGUCCCGACCCCAAGAGUCUCGGAACUUGGCUUGGAAUGGCGCAGAGCUUGAGUAGCUUUGCGACUCUUGUGGGGCCACCAAUAGCAGGUGCGCUCGCUACAAUUGGCUCCGAUGGUAGUGCGGAUUUGAACUACCUAGGUAUUCAAUUGUUUAGUGGGAUAGUCAUGUGCUUUGGCGCAUUUCAGCUGAUCCUUUUGUGGCAUUUGCUAUACACAAAGAGGGGCAAAACUGGUUUAUUUUGA